AUGGAAAUCAGGACUUACGUGGAUGAUAACCACACGAAGUAUUUAGAAGCAGUGAAGAAUUACAAUUCGCACAUAGACGAGUUGGUGACCUUUUUCGACACGUUCGAAGACCCCUCGGCGAACCACACCAACUGGGGGAAGUUAAAAUAUAAAGGAUACCUGCAGAAGAUUCACAAUCACGAAACGGAGUUGCUGCCAAUAUAUUUGGACGACCUAAGGGAACAUUUCUGCAAGGAUAACAAGGAGGCAGAUUACUCCGUGUACAAUGGGAUCAUGACGAACACGCACAGGUACAUGGAGCUACUUUACUCCGCCGCGGACAAAUGCUUAUCCGAUGAAUGUUUCAAAAGGUUUGCAAAGGGUUAUGGGGAGGAAGACGAAAGCGAGAAGACAAAGAGGAAGAACUUGAGGAGAAUAAAUAAUGAAGACCUUAGUGGGUAUUCCACAGACGAAAGUGAAAAGGAAGCUUUUAACAACUUAUUUCGUGACAUGAUUAAACCAAUCGAAGAAAUUAGACAAGAAAGAAUGAAAGAGUACAAACUUCCAGCAUAUUUAAGAGUCAAUUUUGAAAUUAUCCUAAUCCCAAGUUCGAGAGAUCUGGUUCGAAAAAUGAGAGUAGUGAAUGCAGAUUGUAUAGGAUCUUUAAGUACCUUCGAAUGUGAAGUUAUUAGAGCUACCCAACUGAAGCCGAGGAUUCAGGUAGCCACAUACGAAUGUGAUCGAUGCCACGUAUUUGCCUAUAAAGCAGUGGAUGGUCCAUUUUUUAUGCCUCUUUUUGAUUGCCCCGGAUGCACAAAUGUGCACGGUGUUAGAGGAUCACUCAAAUUUCAAGCCAAGUUAAGUAAAUUUGUAAAGUACCAAGAAAUUAAGGUGCAAGAAUUGCCUAGCCAGUUACCAGAAGGAGACAUCCCCAGGAGUAUGAACUGUAUAAUUCAUGGUGAGUCCACCACUUCUGUACAACCUGGGAUGUCUGUCACCCUCACAGGGGUUCUAAUGCCAGUCACGAAAAGUGGAUUCCAAGCAUUAAAGGGCGGACUCAUUGCAGAGAAGGUCUUUCACAUUUACUACGUACAAAACAAUAAAGAAAAUUUUAACGAGCAUAUUGACAACUAUGACAAAAUUAUGGAAGAAGUUCAAGCUCUGAAAAAUAGCCCCAAUUUGUACGAAAAGUUAGCCUUUAAUAUCGGCCCUGAAAUAUAUGGACAUGACGAUGUGAAGAAGGCUCUCCUGCUGCAGCUAGUCGGAGGAUGCACAAAAAAAAAAAAAGAUGGUGGGAUGAUAAGAGGUGAUAUACAUAUACUACUCAUGGGAGAUCCUGGAGUUGCAAAAAGUCAGCUAAUGAAGAAGGUUUGUCUCAUUGCUUCUAGAUCAAUUUAUACGACAGGAAAGGGAAGCAGUUCCGUUGGUUUAACUGCAGCCGUCUUGAAAGACCCCAAUACGGGGGAAACAACCUUAGAGGGAGGAGCACUUGUCCUGGCUGACAAAGGAAUAUGCUGCAUUGAUGAAUUUGACAAGAUGGACGAAUUUGAUCGAUCAGCCAUUUACGAAGUUAUGGAACAACAAACCGUUUCCAUAGCGAAAGCUGGCCAUUGUAGUAACAUGCCUGCGAGAUCCUCUGUAUUGGCAGCUGCCAACCCUAUUAAUGGCAGAUACGAUUGUAAGAAAUCCGUUAUGCUUAACAUGAAUUUGCCUGCUGCGCUGCUAACCAGAUUUGAUUUACAGUUUCUACUUCUGGACAUAUCCGAUCGGGAUAAGGAUAAAAAGCUAGCUGAGCAUGUCCUGAACAUUCUCAAGUGCGCAGACUCUAAUGAUGAUAAAAAGAAAAGAUCCGAAUUGAGCAGCGAAGGGUAUGAAGAAAUUGACAAAACAGUGCUAAGGGCGUUCAUCCAGCUAGCCAAAAAAAAAGAACCCACGAUUUCGCCAGACCUGAUUCCCAAAAUUACCCAAUGGUAUGUUUCUUCCAGACAACUAGAAUCGCAGCAGGAGAGGUACAACGACACCCGUAUUAAUUAUACAACACCGAGAGCACUGCUAGCCAUUCUUCGAAUAUCACAGGCACUAGCCAGACUGAGAGACAGCGAUGUCAUAGAGACAGCCGAUUUUGAAGAAGCCAUCCGAUUAACGGAGCAGUCCAAAGCUAGCGUCUCCCAACAAACGGAAAAAAGAAGAAGGAAAGAUUCCUCCACCGAAAUUAUGAAUAUUAUUAAAAGUAUAAAGGAGAAAAUUAUGGAAAAGAAAAAAAAAUGGAAUGGAUGGAUAUCGAUUGAAGAAAUCGAAACGCAGGCUGUAACCAAGGGGUUUACCAAAGCGCACGUUUUUAACACCAUUGACAAGUACGUGGAGCUCACUGUGUUCACCAUAAACGAGAACAACACGGCCAUUGCCUUCCCGAACGACGUCUACAACGCGGACGAUGAAGAGGAUAAUGAGGGGAACAACAAUGGUGCAGACUCGCCCGACGAGGAGGAAGCGGACGCCUUCUGA